AUGCCCUUCGAUGAUGAAAGCGAUGAUGACUAUAGGCAAAGAUCGAGAACUCCUCCAAGCGAGACCUUCUCUCACGAAGAAGAGCACUACCGAAGGCGUAAACGUAAAAGCCCAUCUCCUAGGGGCUUGAGAAACGAUGCCAUGAGCAGGGCAUUAGAUCAACUCUCCAAAUCACCUUUCACACGCCGCAUAGAAGGGGCUACACUUCUUCGACGAUUCCAACAGCCAACCUUUGCCAUUUAUAACGGCAAAACAGACCCCGUGGAGCAUGUGAGCCAGUUUAACCAAAGGAUGGCUGUCCAUUCUAAAAAUGAGGUGCUGAUGUGCAAGGUUUUCCCAUCUAGCUUGGGACCAGUGGCGAUAAAGUGGUUCAAUGGCUCAAAGACGAAUUCCGUAGAUUCGUAUAGGCAGCUAACCCAAGCUUUUGGCUCCCGUUUCGUUACAAACAGCAGAGCUCCUCGACCCUUGAGUGCUUUAUUGUCGUUAUCCAUACAUGAUGAAGAAACUCUAAAGGCCUACUCAAACAGAUAUUGGGAGAUGUAUAAUGAAAUGGAAGACAAUUUUGACGAUGUCGCCACUAGCACCUUCAAAAAUAGUUUCCCAACCGAGCACGGCUUGAGGAAGUCUCUGACUGGCAAGCCUGCCACCAGUGUGCGCCAACUAAUGGAUCGGAUUGAUAAGUAUAAACGAGUAGAGGAAGACCAGCUGCAAGGUAAGGGAAAAGAGAAGGUUAUCCUUCAGGAGAGGAGGGAUUUCAGUUCUGAUCGAUAUAACAGCAACCGCCCGAGGAGAGAUUUCGUAGGGUAA